AUGCCAACAGAGAUCUCAGCGCCAUUGCACUUCCGCACCCUUCUAAAUGGCCAUACCUAUCUCAUCGCCGACUUCUACGCAACAUGGUGUCCGCCUUGCAAGCAAAUCGCGCCCAUCUACAAUCAACUCUCCACUACGCACGCCUCACCAGGGAAAUUCGCAUUCGUAAAAGUCAAUGUGGAUGAGCAGCGAGAGAUCGCGGGGCAAUAUGGUGUCACAGCUAUGCCGACAUUCAUGGUCUUCAAGGACGGUAAGAAAAUCGAGGAGAUCAGGGGCGCGGAUGUGAGGGCGCUGAAGGCUGCCGUGGAGAAGGUUGCUGGUGAGCUGGGGAGGGUUAAGGAGGAGAAGGUUGAGGCGAAGAAGCCUGAGGUCAAGCCAGAGGUCAAGGAGGACAGCAACAAGGAGGAGGACGAGAAGACCGUUAGCGGGAGUUACGGGAUGACUGGGGGGAACAACUGGAAGAUGUCGUUGCAUUAG